AACAUUUGCCACGUAUCCAUUCGUUUGCAACUAUAAUCAGCUUUCCUGUUGCUAACGAGAAACAACAAAACUUUUACCGGUAUUCAUAUCCCGAAUAAUUAAACAACAAUUUACAAAUUUAUUAGCGGCAAUAUAUCGACAAACGUUGUUUUAGUAUGCAAACUUUUGCCGUCGCAUAUUUAAUCUGUAUCUCAAUGUUACAUUCCGUACACGAUUUCGUCAUCAAUAUUGAUUUUUAGAAAUUUAUUUUAGUCACAAAUACGUAUAUAUGAAUAGACUUGUAUAUAUAUCUAAAGUAUAUAGAAGUGUAUGCCUCAUCGCUGAUACUUCAACUUCUGCACUUCAGAUUUAAAUAAGAAAAGCUUUCUGUAGUUGGGAAGUGUUUACAGUGUGAGUGCUUAUAGUUGAUUUGUAUUUAAAUUAUGUAACAUUUCUAAUUAUGAUAUUACUUAUCACUCCAAACUAAAAGAAGGAAGUAAAGAAAGAUAUGACAUAUAGCCGAACACAAAAGGAAUAAUUGCACCAAACUUUAAAAACUAACAUAUACAGUAACAACAAAAACAAACACUACUACUACUACUGCUGCUAUUACUACUACUACUACUGCUGCUAUUACUACCACUUCCGACUCUGACCAUAUUAAAUGCUAUUACUACUAUUAUAAGAAGUCUCUAGCGGUUAAAAACAAGUACCCCAGUAAUAAGAUAAACGAAUCAACUCGAAGGGGACAGUUGAAAAAGAAAGAAAAGAUAAAGAAAGAUAGAGACGAAUUUCUCAAAUCUUAUAAUUCUUUAAUCGCUGUUCUGUGUGUUGUACGUGGAAGCAAGGAAUUUACCAUAAUUAGCGCCGUCUUUAUGUGUUUUAUUUAUAUCGCUUCUAAACAAUUGUGAUUUUUAUCUCGUGUUUACAUAAAUAUCUCAUAAACUAACCAACACUAAGGGGAAGAAUUAUUUUGGAAAAGAUUUAAUUUAUCGGUUGUUUACAAAUAUUAAUUGGUAUUAAAAACUGAAAGAUGAGUUUUGGAUCUUCAAUUUAGGUCCUGUUAACAUUAGUUACUGUCAAAGUUCCAGCAUGCUGCUGUCAAUUCUGUCAGUGCUAACAGCUGUUUCAACUUGCAUCAUACCAGCAUCUGGGCUGCAAACAUGUCAGACUGAAAUUCUACACAACAGUACGGUUGAUAUUGACAAAUAUUUAAACAAAGAACUUCACAUUCUUGCUACAUUCACCACAGCCCCACCAGAUGCUCUUUCAAAUUGCAUACUUCAAUGUUGUAAUCAAAGUAACUGCUCAUUGGCCAUUCAUAAUGCCACUGAUAAUUAUAGGUGCACUCUGAUUCAUUGUGUAUCUGAAGAUGCCUGUAAACCAAUUCCAUCUGAUGGUAGUGAAACAGUAAAAACUAUGAGAAAUAACACCACAACCACAGGAAGUUUACCUGAAAACCAAAGUCAGACCACUGAAUCAACUUCGGAUUCUUCCACAACUGCAUCUGGAAUCAGUUGGUCAACAAGUAGUAGAGGUGACCAUUCCACUUCUUCACUGCAAUCCACAACGCAAGAUUAUAAUGAUUUUUUUACAUCAAAUAUUGGUUACCCAAUUACUGAAACAUCUCAAUCAACUAAUGAAGCUUCGUCAACCACUCUUAGUGUUUCCUCCAGCUCAGUUCCAUCUGGUCAGGAUCAAACCUCAACAACUGAAAGUACAUCAUCACAAAAUACAGACAUAUUUUCUACUAGCCCUGAAAACACCACCCCUCAAAAUUCUAUAUUUAGUAGCACCACACCCAGUAAUUCUACAACAGAUGUAUUCACUUCAAGCAGCUCUUCCAACACGACCACCACCAACCCUGAAGGAACGGCUACCAAUUACAAUAAUUUUACUGAAAGUUUCAAUACAACAACAACUACACUUAUAAACAAUGAAACCGACAGUUUGAAUUCUACAAUUAUGUUUGUAACUCCAAAUCUGUCAGAGAAUGAAAAUAUCAGUGUAACAGAUGAUGUGAAUGUUACAUUUUCUCAGAGUAACGACACAGAAAACUCUACAAUAGAUGAUUCUACUGAAAGUUUCUAUACAACAACAACUAUACUUACAAUGAAUGAAAGUGAUAUUGUGAAUUACACAAGUACUUAUUCUUAUCCAAAUUCAACAAACGAUAAAUAUAUGAACGUAACAGUAGAGGAGAAUACCACAUUUUUUCAGAGUAAUAACACCAUAAACUCUACAAUAGAUUCUAACCUCAACCAAAAUGUCACUUUCUCCAAACAAGAAACUUAUUUGAAAAAUGAAGCAGAUUCAAAUAAUACACUAAUGAUAACUGUUCUAAUCGGGACUUUAUCAGUCGGAACUCUUCUCUUUGUUGCAGUAAUUGUUGUCAUCAGCAAAAAAAUAAUCGAUGGCUGGCAGAAACGACAUUAUUCUAGAAUAGAUUAUUUGGUCAAUGGCAUGUACAACUAGAUUGAUUUAAGAUAUACAUACUCAUGCUCAGACAAACACAUAUAUGUUCAUAUAUAUAAGUACAUAUGUACAUACUAUAUACAUAUAUACAUGCAUGUUAAAAUCAUGACUAGUCUUCCAACUAAGACAGUAUAAUUCUUUCAUAUUUAUGUGUAUUCUUUAAAUUCCUUUAAACCGUUAUUUCUAAUUGAAAUUAUGACCAAACUGGGGUUAAGGUUAAAUAACUGUGAUAAAAGCCAGAGAUCAAGAAAUAUAUUUUUGAGGGACUUUUGGUGAAGAUGACACCAAAUCUGAUGACAUAUAAGACACUUUUUUUUUAUUUUCAAAAAAUGCCUUUAAAAAAUCCCCUCACAUCCCUCUAAGGUUUAAUGCACUAAAUACUAAUUUUCCUGGAUAUGUGCAACUGCAACUGAAGUGCAUCUAAUAUACCUGUAAGCUUUUUAUGCCAUCAAUUACAGUAAUUAUUUUUUUGAUAUUUUCUUAAAUCAAUGUCACUCAAUAUGGUGAAGGAUUAACAUGAUGGAGUGAAAUAAAACAUUAGGGACUUGGACAAAA